CCCAAGCCAAGGGAGGGGGAAGCAGAGAGGCAGCAGCUGUGGGGAGUUAACAUUGAAGACCUUAUGUUACAAGCUACAAAAAGACGGUCAGUGACUCCUAGACCUAGAGAUUUUUGGCGGGAUUCUGGGAUAGAGGCAGGGAGGGUGAUAACCAAGGUUACUACAAGGAGUUGCCUGAGAUGAUCCUCUAAUAAGGGAGGCUGUAAAGUCCUAUGAAUGGUGACUAUUCCCUAGAGACAAAUAAACAGCAAGGACAGGCCUUUCUCUCUGAGGCUGAAUACACACCAUUCGUUUACUUCCUGAAAGAAUCAUGGGAACUGUAGGUUACCCCUUCAUAGUACACCCAAAAAACUACAGUUCCCAUGAUUAUUAUUUUUUUAGGGGGGAGGGUCGUAUGUUUUAAAUGUAUGGUGUGUACACAGUUGCAAGAAAUGGGGUAAAACAGGUGCCAGGCUACUGAAAUAGUCAACAGACAUCCCAAGCACAAACAUUUGUUCUCUUACCAGAGAGCAUUUCCCAGUGUCCUCUUGAGGAUAUUAGAACUCACUGCUUGUUACAGUUUCCCAGGGGGCCCCUUCACAUGAGUGUGUAUGUGUGCACAUCACUUGAUUAUACAAUCCUUGAUGAAGCAGAGCUGAACCUGCAAGAACCAACUCCAUUGAAAACUCCAUUGCGUCUGAAGUUAUGGGAGGUGGGGCAGAAAUAUUUGAUCUGUGAUGGGUCAUUCACAUCGCCACUUGGAUGUUGCACUCAGUGAGUGACAGACAUGCGCAUGUGUACUGUUCAUAGAAAGGGGAGGGUCCACUUUUGGUCAUGUGAUCAAAACACCUAGAACUGAGAAGCUGAUGGUAUUACUAUCGAUGCAAAUUAUACAAUUAGCAGUACUAACAGUAGUUUAUCCUGCCAGGAGCAUUGCAAGAUCCUUAAACAAAUCAAGACACAGAACUAUGGGCCAUAUUUGUGCAUAUGCUCCUUUAUAAGUUUAGAUGCAAAUUUAGGCAAAGUUUCAGAGGGAAAUCUGCCCUGUAAGCAAAGUAUAUUUUACAUUUUUAAAAGGGGUGGAGCAGAAGUUCUAGAGCCUACUGAAACACCCCUCCAAACAAUACUCCUGUAUCCUGCAUUUCGCCCCAAAAGCUCAAAGCAGUGUGCAUCAUUUCAGUCUAUUCUAUCAAAGGGAAACUGAGUCUGGGUGAGAAUGACUGAGCUCAGAAUGAGAUGUCAGAGAAUUCUGGGCUUCAGCAGAAGAGGUCAUAUUUUUCAAAGCUCCCCAUCUCCCUCAUUAUUAGGUUUAGGUUUAUUAAGUUUGUAUAUAGCUUCUCACUAAGAAGUCCCAAAGCAGGCUAUAAGCCAGUAAAAAAAAAAGAACAAUACAGUGAUAACAAUUCCAAAUCAUUAGUUGCUGCCCAGAAAAAUGAAAAUGCAAAACCAUCCCAAGGUUGGAGCCAGGCAGGUCCCCUUGGGGGAGCAUUCCAUAAACAAGGGAGGGGGGGUGCUACUACAACUGAGUCUUCAACCUCAUGUACUUAGCAUUUGCACAGUGGUGUUCAAAGCACAUGAAUUUCCUCAUUGUAAUCCUUAUAACACCCCUGUGAGAUAAAGAAGUAUUAUUUCCCUAUACUGCAGAUGAAGGGACUCUGGAAGAAACAAAGCGAGAGAAUGGCUUUCCUAAGGCCUCCUGGUGAGUUCAUAGAAUCACAUAAUUGUAGAAUUGGAAGGGAUCAAAUAGGGAACUUCAUUAUUGGUAGCUCAGUCUCUUAGCCAUUACUCUACACCUGCAUUUACAGAAUGCAGGGGGUGUUUUUAGCAGGCUGGUUCAUAGAUAGCACCUCCCCCUGUCAUCUGCAGUAGUACAUUCCAGAAAUCUACCAGCUCUUUCUGGGAAAGCUGGAGAUGGGCUCUCUGGCAGAAAUAGAACUUACGGUAGUUAUUUUUUAUGACCUUCAGGAAUUAUAGUGCUUAAUUAUGGCACUAUAAUUGUUCCUCAGGAAUUAAAAAAGAAAUCUGGGCACUUAUGGAAUCAGUGGUUAAAAUCAGUGCAGUUUUGAAAGGUUCCGCCUGCCAUCUUGAUUCAAAAUGGUGUCCAGUUGUACCCAAACACUCUCCCAGAUUGAGUGCAAUAGUGGGUGAGAUUGCUGAUGGCUUUCCCUCACGCUCCCAGCCCCAUUUUCCCCCCUGAGCUAAGCAUGUGAAACUGAAAUCUAAGUUCCUCACCCUCUCCAUUUUAUCGUCACAACCAAAACCGUGAGGUAGGCAAGCUGUGACUGGCCCAAGGUCACCCAGUGAGCUUCAUGGCUGAGUGGAGAUUUGAACCCUGGUCUCGCAGGUCCCCACUCCAGUCCCUUAACCACUACACCACACUGGCUCACAGUUGUCUCGCCCGCUGGUCAUUGGCCUACCUAGCAUGUCUAACUCACAGAGGUUCUUCCUCCCUGUUUCUCCCCCAACUGCACGCCGUUGUGGGUUCAGGACGAGGGAAGACGCUGAGAUCCCAGCUGCCCAGCGUCUCAGCGGGAGGCGACUACGGCAAAGGACUUUUCAACAGGGAGAUGGGACCAUUGCAGAGCCAGCUUAGUCAAGGGGAAUACGCCUUACUCAGGCUUGCUCCCAUGUUGGAAAGUGACUUUGUGCAGGUAACUUGCAGCAAGAUCAAAUAACCCUUCUGGUUGCCAGGUGAAUUUUGUUCUCGUCACCCUUCCCCCAAGGGCACCUCUUCCCUAGAAAGUGGGCCCUGCUGUUGCCAAGUGAGACGCCUGAGUCAGUUGAAGGAUAUUAGGUGGCAAGAAGCAGUGGUGGGGCAUAGGAAGGUGGCAGAGCAAUGGAAGUUUCCAGCAAAUUCUGAAGACGCACCUCUUCAUCCUGGCCUUUGACCAGGGCUGGCCUGAGACAUUUUGCUGCUGUAGGCAAAAGGCCCCAACACCCCCCCCUCCCCAGUGCUGCUAUCUCCACCCCACAACACCCACCGCACCCCACAGAUCCAGGUCCCCACCCUGUUCCUGCCCCGGCACUGCUGCCAGCCCCAUCACCACACCUGUGGCUGUGCUGGCUGCAGCCACAACACAGCAGCAGUACAAAGACAGGGGAGGGGGGAGUCUCAGAUCCACUGCCUGAAUCAAGUGUCUUCGCUUCCGCCCUUGCCUCUGACCCCUGCAAUGUAUGUUUUAAGACCCACCCUACACUUGCGGUUGUAAUCUGGGUAACACUGUUUUUAAAGUUGCAUUUUAAAUUGUCGCAAGCCUCCCUCACAGGGAAGGUGAAGGACAGCUAAUAAACCAACCAGCAACAUUACUACUACUACUACUACUACUAGUAGUAGUAGUAGUAGUACCGUGUUGGCCUGAAUAUAAGCCUCACUUUUUCCCAAAUUCCCACUGUGAAAAGUUAAAGUGCAGCUUAUAUUUGCGAACUUAUAGUAUGCAGCCAGGAGCGCGGGGCAAACAGCACCAGGAGUGUGGCAAAGUGGCACCAGCCCUAUGUGUAGUCCCCCGUCCUCUCCCCCAAGGCCAGGAAGGGAGAGAGUGAGGAAGGGGAAAGGAUGCUGGCAACGCAGUGCCCACCCCCCAUAUGCAGCCAAGAGCAACGAGGAAUGGAGUGGCUUAUAUUCGGGUGUUUUUUUCAUUUUUUCUCUCCCCCCCCCUCCAAUUUUCAACCUGCGGCUUAUAUUCAGGUGUGGUUUAUAUAUAGGCCUAUAUGGUAUUAGGGUUGGAUUAACCAUUAGGCAAAAUAAGCACAAGUUUAGGGAAUCAAGGGAAGGGGGUUGCCAGAGAGAUUUUCCAUGGCUGGAUUUUUAACAUGAAUGGUCACAGAUUGCUCAGCUGAGCAUUCAUUUUCUCAGUUGAAGCCUAUUAAAAAAUCCCAGCAGAACCACUAUGCGACAAAGCUGGCCGGCUAGCCUUAUCUCUACUAAGUAUAGAAGCAGAUGAGUUAUGUGAGAUUAGUUUUGAGGAGCCGAUCAAAGACUUUGCAAUUAGGAAAAAGUAGGAGAAAAAAACUUCAAAUAUAGAUAAAGUGGAAGUAUACAUAUAUAUUUUAAAAAAUCAUUUUCCAUCUUACUGUAGGGUUUUUUCCAUUUUCAAAAAUAUCUUUUUAUUUUAUUUAUACUUUGAGUUGGAUAUAUAUGGGGGCACUAAAAUCUUUUAAGUGCUUAGGGCCUCUAAAGGUCCUAAUCUGGCUCUGAUUAUUAUUAUUUAGUAUUAAAUUGCUUGUCUGUUUGGCUUCUGUACGCGGAAAGGGGCUUGUGUGCGCCAUUUUGCCCUUCAGGCCUACCCUGGAAAUGUGUGAGGUGUUUCUCUGCCCAGAAUUGUAGCAGAUGCAGCCAUUUCUUGAGCGCUGGGAUUAAAAAGGACAGGAAGAACCGAAGCUGCUUCAUUUCCUUCCUGGCAGGCUGCUCCUAAAAGCACAGGGACAGAGCAAGUUAAAAGAAGAGGAAGAAGAUGGCCACUCUAGGCCCACCCCCCUUCCCAUCUCUCCUGAUGACUUAAUCUCUCAGGUAAUAGGGGAAGGGAUGUAGCUCUGUGGUGAAGCACAUGCUUGGCAUGCAGAAGGUGCCAGGUUCAGCCCCUGACAGGGACGGCUGAGAGAGACCCUUGUCUUUAGCCCUGGAGAGCUUCUGCCAGUCACAGUAGACCAUACUGAGCAAGAUGGACCAAUGGUCUGACUCAUUAUAAGGCAGCUUCUCGUCUUCCAAGAGAGAAAUUCUGGGGCUCAAGGCUGCAUGAAAUGGUUGAUCUUUAUUAGGCAUUUAUCAUUUAGCAAGUGUUAUCAGCCCUUCCUUAUCCUCUAAGGCUGCACCUUUAAAAACAACAGCAGCAGCAGCAGCAGCAGCUCCCGGGCCUUUAAUUGCUGGGCAGGCAGAACCUGAAUGGAUGAAGUUUCUCUCAUCGUUGCCUCUCCAGGCCAGGAAAUCUUCACUGGUUGAAUUUCUGCCUUUGCACAGAGAACUGACAGGAAAAUAAAUAGGCUUGCCCAAUGACCAGUUUUUAAAAAGUAAGCAAACAUCUAAGACAAUUUCUGAGCUUUUAGCACAGGCGUGACUUUAAGAAAAUGGCCAGGGAAUCUUUAUAAGACUUGGAGAUGGUAAGCAUGAUCACCUAUUGUAGGGUAAUCGAUUGUUAAAAGCAUAGUUUACAAGAGGAGUUUGAAAGCUGGCAGUCUUAACAAUGAUGUAAACAAAAUCUGCUCCUUUUCCCUUAUGGGGUACCCAAGAGCCCAUACAGAGUCCUUAAGUGGGUUCCCUACUGGUAGGAGAAAAUAACAGAGGCCAGCCAGAGAAUAUUGAGAAGCAAAGCAGCUAGUAAGUCUGAUCUUUCUUGAACUGUUGCAACAGGGUCCUCACUCACCACAUGCAGGAUGAACCCAGAACAAAGGUGUGUAAGCUCUUAUACAGUGGUACCUCGGGUUACAGACGCUUCAGAUUACAGACUCCACUAACCUAGAAAUAGUACCUUGGGUUAAGAACUUUGCUUCAGGAUGAGAACAGAAAUCACGCAGUGGCGGCAGCGGGAGGCCCCAUUAGCUAAAGUGUUACCUCAGGUUAAGAACAGUUUCAGGUUAAGAACGGACCUCCAGAACGAAUUAAGUUCUUAACCCGAGGUACCACUGUACCUGUAGCCCAAGACCACCCCCCAAUACAUCAUACAUACAUCAAGGAAGGGGCGGUCUACAGCAGAGGAGCUGAUCUGAUCUUCUGGAGGCUAUUGCUUGCAGUGUCAUUGGUUCCCACAUGAACCAAGAGGAAGGGGUAUUUGUCAGUGGGUUUUAUGAUUCCUUGCAGUCGUUCAGUUACAUCUUGGAUCUUAGCCCCGGGGAGACAGCACACUUCCCGAGACAUCUUGUCAGGCCCACAGAUCACUGCUUCUGUUCCCCUCAGUAGGGAAUCCCCUAUCACCACUACACGCCUCCUCUUAGGUUUGGCCAGGGUUCUUCUGUGAGCUGUCCGCUCCAAGGUCGCCUGCACAUUCCCUGAGGACUGACUUUGCUGCUCGUCUUCAUAUACCUGAUCGACUGUAAUGAGGGAGAUCCUCAAAUGGAGUCUGCUCUUCGUCUUCCAUGCUAGGGAGAGGACCUCAAAGCGAUUGUGUAUUUCUAAACAAUCAGAGCGAACCCUGGGCCUCCUACUUCUUUGAGUCACGUUUCUCCAUAUAUCUGGCUCCUGUGUUGGUGAACUAGCGUCCUUCUCAGGGGAGUCCCCUGUCUCCUCCUUGGUGGAGACGGUGUGCUCUGUUGCUUCCAAGAAGAGCUCCAGCUCUCUAAUUCUUUGGAGCGUAGCUACACGUUCCUCCAGUUGCUGGACUUUGUCUUUUAAGAGGGCAAUCAACAUGCAAUUGCUGCAGGUAAAGCUGCCUGCAACCUUUGGCAAGAUGGCAAGCAUUGCGCAGGAACCGCAGGCGACUGCAGCUGUUCCCACCCUCCAUCUUGAGAACGUGUCGUUGGGGGUGGCUACAGUGGUCCUCCAUCAUAAAAGCGUGAAGACAGGAAAAAUAACUCCCCACAAAAAACCUAGGUCUUCCCCAACAAACGUUUGAGACUAGCUCCCUAAAUCUAAAAGAUGGAUAAACUGCGCGCGCGCUGAGGCUGCGCCGCUGCCCUGCAAUCUCUGAUAAGCUCCUCCCACAGCUAAUCACCUGCCUCAACAGAAACCCUGCCCCCUCUGACCUUUGCACAGGGAGAGCAGCCAAUCAGUCACAAAGAAACACACACACACAAGAAAACCCUUUUUGCUCCUUCUUCAACUGCUGCCCUGCAAUCUCAUGACAGAUAUGACAGAUGCCCAAAUGACUCUUAUAUCCUAGGGAUGGUUCCUAUUCUGACAUCCUUCCCAUGCAAACCAUUGUUCCUCUUUUAUUCCUGCCUUUACCUUCUGCUGUUCCUGAAUGACAAACCACUAGAAUAUAGGUGGAGAACCCACAACCUGCAAUGGCUGAUGCCCAUUGGUACCGAUAGGGUGGAAGGCAGGGAGACCAACAGUAAGUGGUGCUAAUGAGCCAGAACCAAUGAGAGGCAGGAUGUGAAGGAUGGUGUGUGUGAUAUACAGAGGACCAGACAUUCUCUGGGGUGGCCCCCAAGCUAUGGAACUCCCUUCCCACAACUCUAGAAGUCAUAUCCCUAGCACACUUGCCUGCAGACGCACAUGCACAAACACCAAGGCAACAUCGAGCGCACUGUCUCCCACUUCACACUUUGCAUUUGAUGCAAUUCAUGUUGAACUGUGGCUCAGAAAAGGAAAGAGGAAGCCUGUUUUGAACAACAAAACACAGCCAUUUAUCACAAACAGCAACUAUGAGAUGUUUUCCCCUUAGUGUAACAUCUUUGUGAUUUUAAUAUUAAAUCAUACGAUAGGACUUAGAUCCAGGCUAUGACAAAGUCGGUUCUUCCUGGAUACAAAAUGCCGCUGCUUGCCCCCGGUGCUACACACAAAACCACCUGUCAGAUUGCCGCCGAAUGAGUUUGACUGUAAUUUCUUUUGCAAUUAACACGGCCAGAUCCACGGGAGAUAAAAUGUUCUUGUUUGUUUGUUUAAGGGACACUGCUUUGAUCAGUUUACUAACAAGCCCUGCUUUAGAAGCUAGUGCAAAACCAGCUAUAGCUGGGUUUAAAACGAAAAAGAAAAACCAAUGCAGAGUUGAGAGCUGUGGCAAUACCUCAGGUACUUUCUGUGUGGGAAUAUGGCAGCCGCAAAUUUAUAGAAAUGAAGCUGCUUUGGGGGCUCAGGCCUUCCUUCCCUAUAGACCUUUUUAGGUGCUGAGACUGGCAGAGGGGGCCCUCUUAGUAGUUCUGUUGCUUGGGGUGGGGAGAGAGUGGCAGCUUGGGAGAAGAUAUUCUCUACGGCAGCCCCCAAACUAUGGAACUCCCUCCCCACAGAUGUCAGACCCUCCAAAUAUCCUUAUUUUCCAGGGGAAAUAGGUUCAAAAAUCUUCGAACCUAGCAGUUUGAAAGCACACCAGCACAAGUAGAUAAAUAGGUACCGCUGCGGCGGGAAGGUAAACGGCAUUUCUGUGCGCUCUGGUUUCUGUCACGGUGUCCCGUUGCACCAGAAGCGGUUUAAUCAUGCUGGUCACAUGACACAGAAAGCUGUCUGUUGACAAACGCCGGCUCCCUCGACCUGAAAGCAAGAUGAGCGCCGCAACCCCAUAGUCACCUUUGACUGGACUUAACUGUCCAGUGGUCCUGUACCUUUUACCUUAUUUUCCAGGGGCAGUCCUGGAUUUACAGAAGCUGUCCUGGUUUCUGAUUUGAUCCCAGAAUAUUCCACUUUUCCUUGGGAUGUUCCUAUUUUCAUCUGAUAAAUGUUGGAGGGUAUGGAGUUACCCGAUCCCCGAGCCACCUGAAGGCAGAGGGUAUAGGGAAUCUUUGUGAUGCUUAAUGUUUUAGUAUGCUUUCAUAUAUGUUAGAAGUCUCUCAGAGUGGCUGGGGCAACCCAGUCAGAUGGGCAGGGUAUAAAUAGUAAAAUUAUUAUGAUGGAAUAGGAUGUCUCUAUUUUCAUCAGAGAAAAGUGUGUGAAAGGUGCAUCACCUUCAUUAUAUACAGCUAAGGACCUGCCUUUUUACCUCAGCUUUUGAUACUUGAGGCGUCAAAAUAAGACCCAACUUAUUUUUAUGGUUGCUAGUUGUUUUGAAUUGUUUCUAUAUUGUGUUUUUAUGCCGUAACUUGCCCUGGGAGCUUAGGGUGAAGGGCAGGUAAUCAAUCAAUCAAUCAAUCAAUCAAUCAAAUAAUAGACCAAAUCGGACCACUGGUCCAUCCAGGUAGUUAUUAUUUAUAGCAACUAGCAGCCGCUCUCUGAGGUAUCAGAAAGGGAGCCUUUCCCAGGCCUAUGUGGAAAUGCCAAGGAUUGAACCCGGGACCUUCUGCAUGCCAAGCAGGUGCUCUACCCACUCAGCGAGAGCCGUCCUCCUCCAAGUGUGUCCCUGCUUUCAUUUGUGAAAUGUAGGGUGGCACGUUACUCACAUCCCUUAAAUUAUCUUCCCCGUUCUUAUGGAGAUGUAAAAACAGUUAACUGGCAGUCAUUAUAGGCCCUUAUUAUCCUAUGCAGCAAUUUCAGACUUCAGAGCGAGUGCCUGACAUGCAGGACAAGAGUAAUUUGUGUUAUGUUUCUGCAAAACAGCUUAGAUUUCCUUAUUCUGAUUCUUCUUCUUUUUAAGCAUAUCAGCUUCGGCUUGUUGUUACAUUCAGAAGCUCCCCUCUCUUUCUCAAGCACAUUUAUACACACACACACACACACACACACACACACACAUAUAUAUAUACACACACACACACACAUAUAUAUAUACACACACACACACACACACACACACACACAUACAUACACACAUAUAUAUAUAUAUAUAUAUAUAUAUACACAUAUAUACACAUAUAUAUAUAUUAAAGGCAGGACUCACUGAAAUUUGUCCAGAUCCUCCUUGUGGAAAGAGAGCUUCCAAAUUAAGACCACUCCAUAUGUUGUUAAGCAGGUGGAGACUUUAAUUGAAAACCUGCCUACAAGAGAGGCCUAAAUAGGUUUGAGAAUGCAGCACUCUUUGGUUUCCUCUGUAGGAAAGACCUAUCGACUUUGCCUCCAACAAUUUCAGCAACCCUGCCUCCUUAUUAACUAAUGACAAACUUUUCCCUAUUUGCUCAUGUAAAAGUCUCUCCGUUGUGAUCAUAUAUUGAGAUAAUAUUCCAUAACCCUUUUCUUAUUAUCCAUUGGUCCACACCCAGUUCUGUAUCUUCAGUUUCCACUUCAUGUUGCAUUUGCUAUAUUUAUCCAGCUUUAUUUAGUAUUGAUUCUUCCAUUAUUUUUCCAAAUAAUAAAUGAAAAAUUGCCAGAGAUUUAAUAGCUUUAUCCCCUGGGAUCACCACUCCAAAUCACAGGUAGAACUCUUUCUCUUUCAAUUCCAUUGAUGUCAGAUUAUCCAGAUAACUCCGCAUCUCUCCAUUUAUAACUUUAUUUUUGUUUUCCAAAAUCUCAGCUUUCUUGUUUGGUUGCUUCAUUUUCCCAUACACUUGUAUAGUGGGUUCUUCCAUUUCAUCAGUUGCUCUUUCUAGUUUUGCCAUGGUUUCGUCUCUCUGUCCCGCCAGUUCUUCGUUGUCUAGAGCAUCUAUAUCAUUUAUAAUCCCUUUUCCCAUUUCAUUCAUGUCUGGCUUAAUUUCAUUCCUCAUUUCAUUCAUCUCUGAUCUGUAAGAUUUUAUUUGUUCAGCAAAUAUCUGCUGAAGAAUGCCAAUAGUAAGCAGUGUGUCCAAAGCUGUUUUUCUUUCCUCUAUCGCUUUUUUAAUGGAACUUGCCAUACUGAAUGUUAAGGUUACUUAAAACAUAAAUGACACACAAUCGAUCUGACAUCUUCUACCCCCCAGAAAUUAAUGGUGAAGCUAUGCAGGAAUCUCAGCUAAAGCAUCUGUGACAGAUGGCCAUCCGACCUCUGCUUAAAAACCUCCAGUGAAGGCGAGUCCACCCCCUCUCAUGGGAGUCUUAUUGUCAAUACAGUUCUUCCUGAUGUUUAGUCGGAAUCUCCUUUUUUGUAACUUGAAUUCAUUGGUUUGAAUCCUACUCUCCAGAGCAGGAGACAACAAGCUUGCUCCACCUUCCAUGUGACAGCCCUUAAGAUAUUUGAAGAUGACUAUCAGAUCUCCUUUCAUUCGCCUCUUUUCCAGGCUAAACAUACCCAACUCCCUCAACCAUUCCUCAUAAGGUUUGUAAUAUGGGAGAAGCACCAACUUGCUUAAAAGAGGUCAACUUCACUGGGCAUAAUUGCCAGUCUCUUGGUCAUAUCUGAAGCAAUCCUUUGGAUCCCAUUCAUAAACUAGGCUUCUUAAAACACUCAUGUCCACCAAAGAUUCAGAUUCUAUGGUGAUUUCCACACACUAUUUAAACAAGAACAACCCAAAACAACUGGGAUUUGGCUGCUUAGGCUUAGCAGCUUUCAUAAAGUUUGUUUGAGUUGGCCUGUCAGAAAACUGAGGAAACAAAACAUUCCAGGAAUUUAUUUUUAUGCUCUGUUGAUGCCAACAGCAUUCUGAGUUGCACAGUGAGGUCUCAGGCACCGCCCUUCUUGAGAUGGUCUUAUGAAAGACUUAUGAUGUGAUACACCAUCAGUGCCUGCUCAUUCUGCUGAAUGAGGCCCUGUAUAUCUGCCACUGCCCUUUCCUGUUCUCUGCAGAUUAACAAACGAGGAGAGAUGAUUGACGUGCACAACCAAGUCCAGACUGUGACUGUCGGGGUUGCUUGCACCUCUUCCAGCAUGACGGUCCCCAACGUGCUGCUUCUGGCUCGCCCCACCUGCCCUCCCGAAGAGACACCCCAGAAGUUUAAAACCUUGCUCCGCCAGUCUUCCUCGUCGCUGGGAUUAGAGCUCACCAGGUAAGCCCAGCUCCCAGCUCCAUACGGAAAAUCCUGCAGAUGCUGCAAUGCCUUUCGAGGCUUCGUAACGUAAGACAGGCCACCAUUUUUAAUGGAUGGAGAUGCUGCAACUUGAACAGGUCAAACUCAUAGGUGAAGUGUUCAUGGUAUCUCUAGGUUGUUAAAAAAAAGCUUCACUUGUUCAUUUCUGCCUGUUACGCCACAGCUGUUCCUGGACUGAAGACUCUCGCAUUCCUUUUUUAAAAGGUUGGCAAUCUUACAAGGGUGAGUUUGGGGUAGGGGUGGACAGGAUAGGGUUGUAAAACCUAAAUGACCACACUAUGACUUCUGAAUUUUGUUUUAACUGUUUUUAAUCCUGAACUUUAAAUUGUCGUGAGGCGCCCUGGGACCUACUGGGUUUCCCCCCUGUAUUUUUUCGUGUAUAAGACGCCCCCAUGUAUAAGACGCCCCCUAUUUUGAAGGACUCCAAUUUAAGAAAACAAGGGGGAGAUGGCACAGAGUUGUUGUUUUUUGUGGGGGGGAUGCCAAAAAUCACUCCUUGCAAAAUCUGCCUCUCGUCUGUCCCCUCGCCGGCAGAAGCUGCCAAUCACCCGCCCAAUUGCCGCAGCGUCAGCCAAUCAACACCAGCUAUUGAUGCAACCAAUAACGCGCCCAAUAGUCACUGACAGCCACAGCAGGAACCUAUGCACUAUCCAUGUAUAAGACGACCCCCACUUUUUAGCAUAAUUUUAAAAUAAAAAAACCUAGUCUUAUACACGGAAAAGUACAGUACUCAUUAUGAUGGUGGGGUCCUUUAUCACGGCUCAUGGCUCAGCCAGUAGAGCAUGAGACUCUUAAUCUCUUAAUGAGAUUUGUGGGUUUGAGCCCCACAUUGGGCAAAAGAUUGCUGCAUUGCAGGGGGUUGGACUAGAUCAUGGGUAAGCAAACUAUGGCCCGGGGGCCGGAUCCGGCCCAAUCGCCUUCUAUAUCUGGACGGUCCGGGAAUCAGCAUGUUUUUACAUGAGUAGAAUGUGUCCUUUUAUUUAAAAUGCAUCUCUGGGUUAUUUGUGGGGCGUAGGAAUUCGUUCAUUUUUUUUCCUUUUCUUUUUCAAAAUAUAGUCUGGCCCCCCACAAGGUCUGAGGGACACGGCCCCCUGCUGGAAAAGUUUGCUGACCCCUGGGCUAGAUGCCCCUCAUGGUCCCGCCCCACUCUAUAAUUCUAUGUACUGCAGCAAAGUUGUCAGGCUCAUCCUUUGGACAGGGAAACUUGUCCAAGGUGGUGAUGUUUGGAGAAGUUGUGUUAUCCUUAUCCAUCUCCCCUCCAGUCAAAGGUAGCAGGCAUGCUAUGUGUGAGUGGAGAACAGGACAAGCGUUUUGGGCAACAGACUGAAAUUUUGAAUGAGACAGAAUGGGGUGAGGGAGAGAGAACUGAGCUGAAAACUUUAGGAGAACUUUGGGGUGCUAACUGCCUUACUGGAGAAGGACAGUUUUGGCUGUCUGUUCCUCCUCCACCUAUGCUCAACCUGUACAUUAUAUAUAUAUAUAUAUAUAUAUAUAUAUUACAACAAGUGACCUAAAGGAAACUGAACCCAGGCAAGCACUACAUCUCUGGAACAUCCUCGCUGCUUGGAGAAGUGGGGUGAACAGCACUGGUUUAAUUUAACAGCUCCCAUUUAAUACUCAGAUUCAAAGGCAGGCAAGGACCGUGGGCAGAUAGACAGCUAUUGGCAGGUAGGAGACUGUUAGCUUUGGCACUGCUGACAGCUUCCGUGACUGAGCGUGGCUUCAGUUCAGCCCUGCUUCCUGUCCUCUUUGGAUUCCUCAGUCCCCAAGUCCACAGCAAGCUGCCAUGCUGAGUUAGACCAUUGGUCCGUCUAGCUCAGGACUGUCUACACUGAUCUCUGUCUCCCACCCCUCUUGGCCAACUUUUCUUGGAAGGGUUUGUGAUCCUUCUUGGUGGGCUGGCCACUAACAAUGAAUGCUGAUCAAUGAGCAACCAAGGUCAUCUAGGAAUGGAAGGUGGCAGGUGGAGCUGAGUGUGUGUGUGUGUGUGUGUGUGUGUGUGUGUGUGUAUUGUCAGCUUUGUAUGGAAAAGCGAGGAAAAACAGAGGCAAUUUUGUAUUGUUGCAAGCACCUGCUUUGAAUGUGCACUGUGUACAUUUCUGGAGGGUUUUGUAUCAUUUGCUAGGUGUUUACUCAGUGGUCUUGAUGGUUGUUGGCUACCGGCUACUAGACAAGCCUCACUUGCUUGAAAGGGAUUGCAGAGCGCAGCCUGACAGUGCAGAAAUAUUUGUGUUUUUUUAAAUAGAUGAAGAACCCUGGACCUACUUGUCUAGAAUUUGGCAGGAUUUAUCCAUCCAGGCUAUGCUUGCAAAGUUCAUCCAGUUUUGCCAAACAGAGAACAAGAGAGAGGCUAAAACCAUUUCUUCAUUUUCCUCACUAAUAGUGAACUGGGAGGCACAAAAACUUCAUGUCUUUCUUAAUUGGGGUUCGGCUUUGGACCCCAAACUGAAUCAGACACCUUCUGAAGCUGUUUGGACCAAAUCGGGGCUGUUUUUGCAUGUGCAGAAUCAGCGUCCAAACUGAAUCACGCUCCUAAUUCUUCCUUUCCACCGCCUGCAGGCUUAUCCCUCUUCAUUUUGUCAAGAUCUCGCUCCACAACGCAGAGAAGAAGCAGCUGCGAUUCAAGCUGGCGAGCGGCCGCACCUUCUACUUGCAGCUCUGCCCCCAGCCUGGCGCGAAAGAGGAUGUCUUCAAACUGUGGGUCAAGGUGGUCAACAUGCUGCGGCCACCCUCGGACCAAGGGCCCCUAUUGCACAGCAAGAGCGAAGACCCGGGGGGGUCUGGGGAGGCCCUUACCGAUCGGACACAGGUGUGCAACUCUUUCUGUUUAUAUUGCGUAAUCGCUAUACAAGACACUUUGCAGGGCAACAUGAGCACAGGAAACUGGUCUAUCUAGCUCAGUAUUGCCUACACGGACUGGCAGCAGCUAUCCAGGAUGGCUGAGAGGGGUUUCUCCCAGGCCUCCAGGAAGAUGCCAGGGAUCAAACCUGGAACCUUCUCCAGAUGCUCUGCUAUUGGGCUACAGCCCUUCCCCAUGUCUCCAUGCCCCCUUGCUUAAGGUUACCAGAUUGUUUUUCCAAUGAAUCUGGGGACACUUUUCAAUUUCCUACUAAAUAGAUGGAUUUUGCCAGGGGACUGAUUUGUAAAUCCAGGGACUGUCCCUGGAAAACAGGGAUGUCUGGUAACCUUACCCUUGCUGCCUUCUUCCUUCUCCAUGCCCCCCUUGCUGCCCCAUACCAAUAUCUCCGAUGCUGCAGGAAGCUCAUGAGAGAGGUCUGGGGUGGGAAAAACAGAGAGAAGCAGUAAGAAGAGACUCAGAACUGAUUUGAUUCCCCUCCCACCUCUUAGCAACACAAUUCGAUCCUUGGAUGCUUUAAGCUGGUUGGACAUCCGUUGGAGAGAAGGCAGAGAGAGAGAGAGAGAGGAGUUAUCUUUUAAUUUACAAACAGCUUGGUACAUGCACUCACAUAUCACGAAGAACACGAAGCAGCCCCCAAAUCGGGUUGCUUCUCUUACAGCUCUUGCAGGAGUCUGUUAAAUCAGAUUUGUAUGAACAUUUCUGCUUUUUUAAAGAAAGAGCAAAUGGCAGUUUGAUUCCGUAAGCUGGGUGGAGGGUGGUAGGGAUGGUUGGUGGAAAAGGGACACACACACACACACACACACACACACACACACACACACACAAAGACCUGGGAUAUUUUCUGUGCUGCUCCACCCAUUGGUGUUGAUGGCAAGUGGUGGAAUAGCCAUAAGUAUGGUGAAGGAAGAGGCAGGAGUGUGUGGACCCUCAUGUGCCAAUUGGGCCCACAGAAAUGCUGCCUCUGAACCUUGCUUCCAAGACCACAGCCCACUCCAGACCCCGGCAGUGUGGUGUAGUGGUCAGAGUGUUGGACUAGCAGCUGGGAGACCUGGGUUCCAGUCCCAAAGCCACAAAGCUCGCUGGGUUCCCUUGAGCCAGCCACUGGUUCUCAGCCCAACCUACUUGGCAGGGUUAUCGUGAGGAUAAGAUAAGGGUUAGAAUUAUUUGGUGGUGCUUUCAACGGUCCUGAUCCAUCUGUCUGCCCCAGAGCCUGGGAUCCUUAAACCUAGAAGAAACAGUGAGCAUCCGUAGUAUCUAUUCACCCGCUGAAGUUCGCAGCCCUGCCCAAGAGGACGUCAGGAGCAGGCGCAGCCUGGUUUUUUCCAUGGGGAGCCAGCCCAGCUCCAGAGCCCCCAGCCCUUCUCCAUUUGAAAGCGAAGGAAGGACAACUGAGUUUGAGGAGCUGGGGGUGCCAGAGCCAUUGGAGCGCCCGCCCAGCACUAGGAGUCGGGGCAGUCAGCCCGAGACUGAGAGGAGCCCUAGGAUGAGCAGGUACUGGGUUAGGGCUUGUUUGGGAGAGGGGAGGGAGCUGGAAUUUGCAGGGCUCCAGCUCAAACACACUGUUUUGAAAAGCAGGAGAGAGAGAGCAAGCAACUCCUGGGAGGCAGUGGUGUGUAAUGGUCAGAGCAACAGACCAGGACAGUGGGAGACCUGGCUUCAAAUCCCCACCCGACCGUGAAGCUGAUCUGAGUGCCCUGGGGCCAGGCGCCAUACAGAGGCUGCGUACAUAGCAGACAUUGAAAGCGCAUUUCCCUAGGGACACAUGUGCACCCCCUGGGAAUGGCAACUUACCUCUCACAGAGCUACAAUUCCCAGCACCCUUCACAAACUACAGCUCCCAGGGUUCUUUGAGGGAAAGCAACGUGCUUUAAAUGUAUGCUGCGUGUACGCAACCAUAAAGUUGCUGCAAAGAUUGCAGGGGCAGGGGAUACCACAGAGAGCCACUGCCAUCACUUGGCAGUCAACCAAACCCUUUAGGAACCUGGAAGAUGCAAGUCAUGUCAGCCUGUAAAUGGAGAAGGGCGGCACCUGUAAGCCUCUGAGAUGUUGUUGGACUAGGAAUGAUUGGGGAUUAGCAAACCAGUAUCUAUUUGUUAUUUAAUCAAACGGUGAAAUGUAUUUUAUUGCUUAUUGCUUAUUUUUAUUUUCAUUAUUAUUAUUAUUAUUUCUUUUGUCCCACCCUUCCACAUACAGAUACCAGGGUGUCUUAACAACAUCUAAACACAACUUUUAGAACAGAAUUAAAACUAUUCAGUAUUGGAUUUGACAAAUAGCGUUGCAGCUCUGCAAUUUGGAAAACAGAUUUCAGUGGUGGUUACCCCCGGAAAGCUGAGUUUCAACCACCCCAAAUUGAAAUACAUCAAAUGUUGAAACUGAUUUUCGGACUUAGCAUUCAUCUGGACUUCCUUUUGUGCCAUGCUUUCCAGGCACAGGCCUGCACUUUAAAGCUCCCUGUCCAAGCAGUUGUUAUCACUGCACUUUCAUGGAAUCAUAGAAUUAUAGAGUUGGAAGGGACCCUGAGGAUCAUUCUAGUCCAAUCCCCUGCAAUGCAGGAAUCUGCAGCUGAGCCAUACGGGGAUCGAACCUGCAACUUUGGUGUUAUCAGCACCAUGCAUGCUCUAACCAACUGAGCUAUCCAGGCCCUGAGAACCCACAUUUUAAUGCUGAAUUGGAGCAAAUGGCAACUGGCAGAAAACCUGAUUGCCAUUUGCUCCAACUCAGUGGUAAAAUGUGGUUUUUCCUGGGGAAAGCGAUAGGGCGAAAAAACACCCGUUCCAACACAGAGCUUUAGAGUCUGGAUCUGUGCCUGCAAACAUGGCAUGAAAGGAAGUCUGGACAACCUUUAGGUAGCUUUCACCUCCAGUAUACAUAUGUUACUGGUUGUGGGCAUGCAUCUAGUGGGUUAAGAAACCAAGAGACCGGAAGGGGGGUAUUGAAGGCAAGCCUGCCUGCAUCCUAAAAAAUAACAUUGCAAGGUAACUAAAUUUGCCCAGGGAUCCAAAGCUGGGAAAAUUUCCCACGGUGGCCAUAGGGAAUUAUGAGGUGUCACUGGAUGGAGUGGUCUUGACGGGCUGUUCUCGUUUCAGGAAAACCAGUAAGAGCAGAAGUAGCAGAAGGAAGUCUCCCCGGAGAAGUAAGAGAUGCUAAACGCCCGUCGAGAGCCGACAGUUCUGCCCUUUGGUGGCUCCUGUCAAUCACCUUCCUACUCUAGCUGAUAACCAGCCCUGCUUAGGUUCUGAACUUAGGAUGACCACUUCUUGCAUUGCCAAAAAUGAGGAUAAAACAGGCCACAGUUUUGUCAUUAUGGUUGCUUAAAGAGAAAUGCAUCUCGCCAUAGUGUGACCAGUGCCCCUGGUUCAGUCUGCUGCCCAGGUGUUCACUGCUGAUGGGCGACAUCAAGUCUCUGUUCUUAGGCUUCUUCUUCUUCAAGCCAGACCUGGGCCAUGCAGCCCUUCAAAAGCCACUAUGAAGCCCCACAGUGGAGGCUGAUCCUUUAGGGCCCAGCGGUUCUCAACCUGUGGGUCCCCAGAUGUCGUUGGACUACAACUCCCAUCAUCCCUGAGCUCUGGCCUUGCUAGCUAGGGGUGAUGGGAGUUGUAGUUCAACAACAUCUCAACCACAGGUUGAGAAAGGCUGCUUUAGGCUAAAUGUUCAGUCUGUCUUCAGCAAGACUCCAUUUGUUUGCCUUCUUACUUACAACCAGUUUCCUAUCAGCUUCCUCCUCCUUAGUUUCAGUGUUGUCCUUAUAGACAUCAGCAGGGGUGAAGAUGGAGGCAAAACCAGAAUUAGUUGGCUCUGCCCAUCAUUAGAUCUAGCUCCCCCUACUGUUGGCCUCCUGCUUUACACCCUACCUGUUGGUGACAAGGGGAAAAAAUAGGUAUAAAAUGAGAAUUCAUUGGCUGCCUAGAUCUCGGCUCGGGACAAUUAUUAUUUGGUGGGAGAACCCCAGCAGAGAUUUAAAAUCACAAAAUAUGCAGCUAGGAAAACGUGGAUAUAUAUACUGUUGAACCUUUAAUACAUGCCCUUGUGAGAUCCAAAAUAGUCUCCUCUUCCCCCAGCAUAGAAAAAGACCACGUUUGGUAAGUUAAAAUGGUUUACUUACAAACUCUCCGAAGGUCAGAUUCAUGUACUCUUCCACACAGCAUUCAGAAAAUGUUGCAAAGGCAGGAAAGCCUGGCUUGGUUACAGAAGCCAAGUGGUAUAGGAACACAAGAAUGGCUUGUUAAAGCCAUGUGGUCUGAGCUUGGAGCAACCAGCUCAGACCUUCUCACAUGCUGAGGAUGUUGGUGGCCCCCAGCUUCUGACUUCUCUACCCACUAGGCCAUGCUGGCUUGAGAUGAUGGGUGUUGGAGACCAACAUCAUCUGGAAGGCUGCAAGCUUCCCAUCCCUGGAUUAGGCCUACACUAUCCCUCCUCUCCAUCACAGAACUACAAUUCCCAUAUUUCUCUAAGAGGAGGAAAUGGCUAUUAACUCAGUUUAAGUUAAUGGGUCUCUCUUUUUCAACUCAGGCUCCUAACCCUGCCUGCCUGAUCUUUCCAUCUCUCCCUUGUUUGCCUGCAUUCUGUGUCCAUGAGCAGGCCCUUGUGCUCCAGGGAGUCCUGUGUCUACUUCCUUUUCCUGUUUCCUCCGCAGGUUCAAGCCGGAAGCCCAGCAAGAUUAUCUCCCUCAUCAGAUCCUGCUCCUGGGGGAGGCGGAAGAGGAGCAAGAGCCGAGAUGCCAGGUCCCGGGGCAAAGGAAAGAAACGCUGAGCGGAAAGAAAGGAGAACCCAAAUUCUGGAGCCUCUUGGCUACCUCAACAUUACUAAAGAGACUGGUUAUAAU